AGCGCGGGCGGAGGCAUGGCGGCGCUGUACGCCUGCACCAAGUGCCACCAGCGCUUCCCCUUCGAGGCGCUCAGCCAGGGCCAGCAGCUCUGCAAGGAGUGUCGGAUUGCACAUCCCAUCGUUAAAUGCACCUACUGCAGGACAGAGUUCCAGCAGGAGAGCAAAACCAACACAAUAUGCAAGAAGUGUGCUCAGAACGUGAAGCUCUACGGCACGCCCAAGCCCUGCCAGUACUGCAACAUCAUCGCGGCCUUCAUCGGCAGCAAGUGCCAGCGCUGCACCAACUCGGAGAAGAAGCACGGCCCGCCCCAGCCCUGCGAGCAGUGCAAGCAGCACUGCGCCUUCGACAGGAAGGACGACCGCAGGAAGGUGGAUGGCAAACUGCUGUGCUGGCUCUGCACCCUGUCCUACAAGAGGGUGCUGCAGAAGACCAAGGAGCAGUGCAAGCACCUGGGCAGCUCCUCGCGGGGCGGCCUGCAGGAGAAGCAGCAGUACAGGCUGGGCAGUGGCAGCCACUACAGCAGUCAGAAAACCUUAUCCACCUCCUCCCUUCAGAACGAGAUCCCAAAGAAGAAAGCCAAGUUUGAUGCCAUAUCUGCCAACGGUGACAGCGUUCCUUCCUCUCCCGAGAUGCUUUGUCCCCCUACCCAGAGUGCCCCAUCCACGCUGGCGCAGUGGGCUGCUUCCCACCAGAGUCUUGGUGCCCACCAUUGUGCUGUCUCUCAAGGCACUGCCAUCCUGAACUUCUCUCCAGACCUGGCCCUGGACUCUCCUGGCACUGACCACUUUGUCAUCAUUGCCCAGCUGAAGGAGGAGGUGGCUACCUUGAAGAAGAUGCUGCACCAGAAGGAUCAGAUGAUCCUGGAGAAAGAGAAGAAGAUCACAGAGCUGAAGGCUGACCUGCAGUAUCAGGAGUCCCAGAUGAGGGCCAAGAUGAACCAAAUGGAGAAGACACACAAGGAGGUCAUGGAGCAGCUACAGGCCAAGAACAGAGAACUCCUGAAGCAGGCAGCUGCCCUCUCCAAGGGCAAGAAGCCUGAGAAGUCUGGAGCCAUCACCUCCCCCUAAGCCAAACCCCAGGCUGGGAGUUUUCCCCAGCUUGAAGGCAAGGAGCCUGGGACCUGGCCAGCUGCUGGGAGCCCAAAGCUCUGUUGUCACCAUCCUGCUGCCGUGGAAAUGCCUCCAACAGCAUGCUCCAGUGGGUCUGGGUCUGGUGCUUGCUGGAUCCUGGCCUGUGAUCCACGGGGAGAGGUCCCAGACAGCCUCAGUCCCUGCUCCUGGAAAACUGCUUUCUGGAAGGAAAUGUUUUCCUUCCCAGCUCCUCCCACUGCCAGCCCCUUCCACCAGCAGACAGGAACCUGCUGCUGGGAGACUUCUUGCUGGUUGCAGCCUGCUGCUGGCAGGGCAGAGCUGUGACCAGUUAUGCAGGGAGAACUGUAGCUGCCCCUGCUGGGAGCUUGAUUUCUGCCUUCAGAUGGUCCCUCUUGGAAAGGAAGCUGAUAACUGCCCAGCCCAGCAGCUGCUCUGGAGGCUGUGCCACUGCAGGGAACAGCUUCUCCAGCUGCUGGAAGCUGCCCCCAGAGCUGAGGCUCUUUGUUUACCCUGGGAGGUCUGGGGUCAUUUUCCUCCUGUCAGCUGCCUGCUUCUGUCUUGUCUUAGGUGGCUCUCGUCCCUUUUGGGUCAGGAGCCAGAGUGGGACAGCACAGACCCAAACCCACCCAGAUGCCCCCUGCCUGGUGCCCUGUGACCUCUGGGGCAUUGAUGACCUCUGCAGCGUGGCGCGAUCCAGCGUCUCCUGCUGCCUCUCCUCACACAGGCUCGGAUGUCUCCUCUGCUCCCAGGUGGAGCUCAUCCUCUUCACCCCUUUCCCUGCCCCCUCACUGCCGCCCAGAUCCAGGAGCAGGAGCCAGGCUGGCUCCAGGGCAGGUCCCCCUCAGGCAGUGCCCCAAGCCAGGCAGUGCUUGGUGAGGCCCUCCAGGGACAUUUCUCACUGCUGAUCAGAAACCAGCAGCGUCAAAGGGCUAUGAAGGUUCCCUGCAGCAGGGACCUUCUGUCAGGCACAGCACCCACGGUGCCCACAGCACCACUGCCAGGGAGCCGAGCUGGGCUGGCAGUUCCCCAGCUCUGGUGCUCUUGAGGAGGGGGAACAAAAAGCACUUGGCCUCUGCUGGGAGGCAGAGCACCUCCCAGCUCCCCCACAUCCUGCACCCAGCCCCUUCAGGGCCAGAAGAAACAUCUCAGGGGUCUCCAGCCCUCGGGGCAGAGGGGUGAGGGCUAAAGGGAUGUGGUGAGCAGGAGCAGCCCCGCGGGGCAGUGCCAGCCACCUGCCAGAGCCCAUUAGGAUUUUUACGGCUUUUCUCCAUCCCUUUUUGUUACUGAAGAGGACUUGACUCAGGCACUUUGUUGGGUGACAUUGGCGUGGGAGGAGCAGCUGCAGCAGCAGCUACUGCACUGCGGGGGCUGUGUGGGGCCCUUGGGGUUUUGAGAGACUUCUGAUUGUGAAAACAAGGGAAAAAGGGAAAACCCCCCAGGGCUCUGCCACAGCACCCACUUUUGUGCUUCACUGUUUUCAUACCGCGGGGGUGCGCUGGGGCCGGGGGUUGCUGCUUUGUCUCAAGACACAGAACACAACCGCAGGGGCGGAGGGGCUGCGUGCGCCCCGCGGGGGUCCGUGCCAGGCUCUGCAGUGCCCGCGGGUUGUGUGUGUGCCAAGGGCGAUUGUACAGAACCUGGCAGCUCUAAAGUGCUUAAAAGAUU